CCGGCCGGGGUGGGGGCUGUUUUGCUCCUCUCGGCAGGCGCGCGCACGUGUGUACGCGCAGGAGUGCUGACGAAACGGGAUACGUCGCCAGAGGGUCUGAAGCUUCCCUCACAGCAUUGGUUGUUGGCGGCAGGCCGGGCUGUGCCCGUGCUGAGAUCAAAGCCGGGGGUUCCUGGCGGCAGCGGCUUCCCCUCGGCUCCGGGUCGGACCCAGCACCAGAUUUGGACCUGGAAGGAGUUUUACUGCGUGGUCGGAUCAAAUGGACUUGGGGGGGAGAGCAGGGGUUGCCUUCCUCUGUAGUGGCCUGGGAUCUCUUGAGUGUCUGUUGCUAAUAGGGCAUAGAAGCUGGAUAUUGGCUGCCCUGGUUCCCCUGCUUUACCCGUGAUGGGUGAGGGAGCGGGGUCUGUGUGGUGUCAGGGUUGACAAUAGUUUUAUGCAGAGUUUAGCUUACCGGCUAGUUUGGAUAAGGAUGCUCCUGCCUCAGGGAGGGGGUUGGACUAGAUGCCCUCUGGAGGUCCCUUCCUGCCCUGCUUUUCUAUGGGCACCUAUACAGGAGCAAGCAAGGCUGUUCCAACACAAUGGAGCAGACUUGAUUAAUGGUAAUUGCCACGCUCCAGCAGCCUCCCGCCUCCCAUGUAUCAGUGUCCCUGCACUUCGUGCCCCUGCCAUCAUUUUGAAGCAUGGGAAUGCUGAUGCACAAGGGACUCCGGGCACUUUAAUUAGAGCCGCUCUAAUUAAAGCACUGCUGCUCUUGGAGAACGUGCAUAAACGCCCUAUGAUACUGUAUCCUCGCCAGAGUGAACAGCCGUGACACCCUAAGAAGGAACACAGUCGACUUCACCCCAAGCCAAACAAUAGUAACAACUCAGCCAGCACCUGAAAUCUCAACAGGCAGGCCCAUGGGGAGAAAUAAGCCAGCGAGACUGCUGCAGAAAUCCAGACGGAGCUGUUGAGUGCAAAGCUGAGGUUGACUCUUGGCACAUACAGAAAUGCGCUCCCUGGGGCUUUAAACAAGGGGCAGAAACUGUGAUACAAAGCACUCUGAAUCAAAGGAGAGACGGAGCAGAUGUUUUUCUCUUCAGGCUCCAAAACAUAAGUCAGUACAAGAGAGAUUCCUUGAAUUCAUCAGAAGUAAUUUUUUCCGUCAAAAAACUUGGCAAGGAAAAGCUGGCUGUGCAGCCUCUUACUGAAUCACGAGCACACGCAUGAGGAAUUGAUGACAGGGUUGCAGUCUGUAUUUUCUCACAAAUACCUGGGGAAGACUACACAACUCAACGUAGUAGUUCUUAUUUGGUGGCUUGCUGCUGUAGGCUUUGCCUAGUAUAUCAAGUGAAUCAAAAUGCCUCUCAGUGAUGACCAGAUCAGUGAUUCAGAUUCUUCAAGAUUGUCUGAGAGCACAGCUUCUUCCAGUGACUCUGAAUUUUCAAGGCAGAGUUUUACCAGUGAUUCUUCAAGCAAACCCAGCUCUCCUGCCUCAACAAGUCCUCCUAAAGUAGUUACGUUUGAUGAACUGAUGGCUGCUGCAAGGAACUUGUCAAAUUUGACACUAGCUCAUGAAAUUGCUGUAAAUGAAAACUUCUGCAUGAAACAUGUUGACCUUCCUCAGAACAGCUUGGAGGGUAGGGUGAAAAAAAUUGUACACAAGGCAUUUUGGGAUCUUUUGGAAUCAGAAUUGAAUGAAGAUCCUCCAGAAUAUGAACAUGCUAUCAAGCUCUUUGAAGAAAUUAAGGAGAUUCUUCUUUCCUUUUUGACUCCUGGAGCAAACAGGAUUCGAAACCAAAUAUGUGAGGUUCUGGAUACAGAUCUUAUAAGACAACAAGCUGAACAUAAUGCUGUUGAUGUUCAUGGACUAGCUAGCUAUGUCAUCAACACUAUGGGGAAAUUGUGUGCUCCAGUAAGGGAUGAUGACAUAAAACAGUUGAAAGCAACUGAUGAUAUUGUAGAGUUGCUGAGACAAAUAUUACAUGUUCUGGAUCUCAUGAAAAUGGAUAUGGUUAAUUACACAAUUCAGAACCUCAGACCACACCUUCAGCGUAACUUGGUAGACUAUGAAAGAACAAAAUUCCAAGAAAUUCUCGAAGAAACGCCAAAUGCUCUGGAUCUGACAACAGAAUGGAUAAAGGAAUCAAUAAAAGAUGAAUUAUCUUCUGUUUCCUGUGAACCAUCAUCCCCUGGUGCUGAUAGCAGCUCUAAACCAAAACUGAGUCCUACUCUGGUGCUAAACAGUGGUUACUUGAAACUCUUACAGUGGGAUUAUCAAAAAACAGUUCCAGAAACGCUAGUGACCGAUGAAGCUCGCCUUCAGGAGUUGAAGGAAAAGCUGAAUCAGUUGAAAAUUAUAGCCUGUGUAUAUCUCAUAACAAACAAUAUACUGGGGGCAACGAUUGUAGGUCUACCGGAUUUUCCUGACAAACUAAAAAGGAUUUCAGCUGCUCUGCUUGAAGGAAUGAACACAAAAACAUUCGAUUUGAAAGAGUCUUUGAAUGGUAUUGGUAUGCAGAUUUGCAUUGAAGUAAACAGGUCCCUAACUGAGAGAGACUUCCCCACACUAAAUACAGAAAUGCAGAAUAACCUAGUGGGUCAAAUCUGUAGCAUCACUCAGGAAGAAAAUCCCAUCAGCUCCUUGAUUGAUAAACGAAUUCAGCUGUACCUGAAGAGCUUACUUACUCUUCCUGUUCCUCACAAAUGUAUGCCUACUAUGCCAGGAGGCCUUUCUGUGAUUCAAGCAGAGAUCGAGUCUAUUGGAUCCCAGUACACAAACAUUGUAAACUUUAAUAAGCAAGUAUAUGGGCCAUUCUAUGCAAAUAUUCUCCGAAAGUUGCUUUUCUGUGAAGCACCAAUGGGAAAAGUAGAAACUGAAGCAUCUACUAAUUGAAAAAUACUCUGACUUGAUAUGGUAACCAAUCACUUUCCCUUCGCCGUAUUUAUAAUAAAGAUAUUGUGACCUCUCUCUUGCCUCAGUGCACAUAACUGGUGCUGGUGACUUUUAAGGAGAGAUGUAUAUCAAAAGGAGAACAAAAUCCUGUUAGGUGUACGCAGGUAAAGUUUUUCCAAAUUCAUUGGAAAUUAAUUUGAUACAUAUAUAUAUUUUAAUAGACUGCAUCUAUUUGUAAUAGAUUGUAACAUUUAUUGUACCAACUAUCAUCAAUUUCAUCUUCCAAAACAAACCUUUUUUGACUUUCAGUGUAGAGGAUUUGACCGAGUGGGGGACUGGGGAGGGUGGUUUUCUUUGCUACUAUUGGUGUAAUUGACAGGAUUCUUAAUAGUGUGUUUUUGUUUUGUUUUGGGGUUUUUGUUUUGUUUUUAAAAACAAUAUGUUACAUGUACUGGUGCAAUUAUGAGAUGACACAGUACACAUUUGAGCUACAAAUGUACUUUCAUUGCUUUAUUACUUAUGGCACACUAUGCAGAUGAAUAUGAAUCAGUUCUUGAAAACACUGAGAUAAGAGAACAUGGUGUAACUGAACUUGCAACAAAAUAAUUUGCAUCGGGCUAAAUCUUGGUACUGUUACAGUUCUUAAGAUGAGAAUUUGGCUUACUUUUGCUUUCAGAAAUGCCGGUAUUACUAUAAGCUGCUUUAAUGUAGCAGUUACACAAAGUCCAUACUAUUUCUGUAAAAGGAAAACAUUCAGAAUUUGUCAACUAUAAUCUAGGCAUUAAAGGUAAAGGCCUUGCAAAAAUAUUUUUGCAUGUGAUUUUUAGCAACAUUUUGUUGUCUAAUAAAGGCUAAUAUUGUCCUUUAUUUUAAACAGGUGGAGGCCUAACUUAGUUUUGAUGUUUUGUAUAGGACCUCAGCCUUCGUUAUGGGGUGCUAAGUACCUGUGAGUUGGGGGCCUUACAAGCUUCUGACCUCAAGUGUUUUUAAGUAUACAAGUUGUUGGAGUUCAGUAGAACAACUUAAAGCAGCUGGAUAAGUGUUGUGCUGGAUUGGGUCAUACAUUUUCAAAAAAGUUUGGUUUUUGUUUUUUUGUUUGGAGUACUUCAGGUUUUAGAUCUUGAAUGAGGAAUCCAAAAUUGCCUGUCACUUAUAAAAACUUAAACCAGAAGUGACUAACAUUGCUGUUUUUAGAUUAAUCCCACAGCCUGCCAGCAGACAUAAUCAAAAGACUACUUGAAACAAUGGAAAUACUUCUAUUGUUGCAAAUGGACUUCAAGACCUAUCCCAAUGCAUAACUUCCAUUGAAGACCAUAGGUGUCUUGUAUGAAGGAAUUAAAUAGGAUUGAAACCUGUGGUGUAGGAGUGUCUAAAAGUUUAGAUAUUGCAAAUAUAUUUUAAAUAUUAUUUCAAAUGUAUUGGAUAUAGUAAUGCUUAAAUGUUUAGUGUAAAAUGGUCUUUAGCAGAUUGAAUCAUAGCUAACUCAAUAAUAUAUCAUUACAGGAUUUAUAAUGUAUAGUAUUUUAAACUUUACAUAGUAUAUUGGUCCCCUUUUUUAAAUGUAAAAAAAUUAGAAACUUUCAGCUGGUACAAACUUUUAGUUUUUUUUGUGUUUUUACUGUUUUAUUGUGCAACAAUAUAUUGUCACUUAAAAUCUUUGCCCAUGUGCUAUGCGCACAGAUUUUUAUAGUACAUCUUGUAUGUCUGUCAUGAAAGUUGAAAAAUGACUGGGCAUUAAUAGCACUGUGGUUAUAUAGUCAAAUCAGCUUUUAAAAAAAUUAUGUAAAUUCUUUUUACCAAGAAAAUUGUAUGUUAGAGAGGUGUUUCUCAAACUGAGGCUUCCCUUCCCACAAAAGACAAAGCAGGAACUUUACAUCCCUCUUCUUCCUUGAAGUAUACAUGUAGGUUAAAGUAAGAGCAGAAGUGCUGAAAACAGCCUUUUUAAAAAGAGAUGCCUCCCGCACUUGCCUUCAGCUGUAUGCCUUGUCCAAGAUGUUGCACAAAAUAGAUAAGCAUAUAAUUUAGGGAAAUCUAUUGAUGAAAGUUUGAGAAACCUGAAAUUUGAAAGGAGCCCUGAAGAAAUAUGCAUCUAAACUUAAGAUUUGGAGGUCAAAAAGGCAGGAGGAGGAGGGAAAUAUACCAAGCAUCAGAUGCUCUAUGGUAACUUCUCACAUACCUGCUCUUACCUAUGGCAAAUGAAAGCUAAACCAUAGGAAGAAACAUGCAUACAGGGAGCUGUUGCAUGGUAAAUUCUAGGCUGUUUUUACUGCCUGGGAACUAGUUCAUGUGUCCAUAGCCUUUGAGUGCAACAAGCAUGCCAGUGAAGUAACAUAUAAUUGUCUUGAUGAAUGAGACUUAACUAUGUAAUUCACAAGCUUUAAGAGAAGAAUGAAUACUGAAAAAGUUAAUGAGGAAUUCUAAAUUUAGGAAAUCAAACAGGAUAUUUAUUAUAAACUAUUUUAAAGUUGACCUUUGGUCCUAAAGAAAACUAUAAAUAUUUAUAAGAGGCAAUUUUUUAUCAUAGUAUUUUCUUACUAACUUUUCUAGUGUAAAUAAGAAAAAUCUCUUGUGGCAAUAUCAGUUGAAAUAUGUUUCAAACUACGUACAGGAUUCUAAACUACCUGGGGAAACGUUUGCACUGUAACUUCCACUAUACAAUGAGGAUUGACUAAACAUUUUUGUAACCACUGAAGUGAUUUGAAAGGGGCAUUUUUAUAGCAUGGCAUAAGUUAAAGCAAAUACUUCAUGUAUUGUAAUUAUUGGUGUUUAAUACUUUGGAUAUGGACCUCACAUCUGACCUUUCAUCUGUUGCGUGCCAUUUUUGCUAACAUGGCUUAAUUAUAUUUGCUUCCACUCUGAAUUUGUCUUGGUGAAAAUAAGACAAAUGUUAUGUAACAGCUUUAUUAAAUGAAACAAAUAUUUGUAAGAUUUUUGUAUGCAUUAAAUUCUGUUUGUGCUAGCACUUUUGUGAGCAGUCAUUCAUGCACACUGUUUCUG